CAGUCGUCUGUUUAGUGAUGUCUACGACCGUACCAACACCAGACAUAAGUACCCCUUCGGGGAUACUUUCCGCCUCCAAUGUCUUCUACUUUUUGCUAAUUCCGGCCCUGCUGUUAUGGUACGCUUAUUGGAGAAUAUCAAAGAGACACAUGCUAGAGCUCGCCGCCAAAAUCCCCGGACCCCCGGGAUUACCAAUCCUCGGAAACGCCCUAGACCUGGUCGGGAAACCACACCAGGUCUUCAGCCAUGUGUACCAAAAGUCCUUCGAGUACAAAAAGGUGGUGAAAAUGUGGGCGGGCCCCAAACUUCUGGUCUUUCUGACCGACCCUUCGGACAUCGAGCUGAUCUUGAGCAGUUACGUCCACAUUGACAAGUCGUCCGAGUACAGGUUUUUCAAACCGUGGCUCGGCGAUGGUCUUUUGAUUUCCACCGGACAGAAGUGGAAAGCCCAUCGCAAACUCAUCGCCCCCACGUUCCAUCUCAACGUGCUCAAGUCCUUCAUCGACUUGUUCAACGCCAACAGUCGCGACGUUAUUCGAAAAUUGCAAAAGGAAAUCGGCAAAGAAUUCGACUGUCACGACUACAUGUCUGAGGCCACCGUUGAGAUGCUCCUCGAAACGGCGAUGGGUGUGAGCAAGAAGACCCAAGACCAAAGCGGCUACGACUACGCCAUGGCUGUUAUGAAAAUGUGCGAUAUUUUGCACUUGAGACACACUAAAUUCUGGCUGAGGCCUGAUAUCAUCUUCAACCAAACGAAAUACGCCGAAUAUCAGAAAUCCCUGAUUAACACCAUCCACAGUUUGACCCGCAAGGUCAUUAAACGUAAAAGGGCCGACUUUGACAAAGGCAUCAGAGGCUCAACUGCCGAGGUCCCGCCUGAGCUCCAAACGAAAAAUUACGACAAAACUGAAUCGAAAACCGUGGUUGAAGGACUCUCGUACGGACAAAGUGCCGGCCUUAAGGACGAUCUGGACGUGGACGAUAACGACAUCGGCGAAAAGAAACGCAUGGCCUUUUUGGAUCUGAUGAUUGAAGCUUCGCAAAACGGCGUUGUUAUCAACGAUGAGGAAAUUAAGGAACAAGUCGACACGAUCAUGUUUGAAGGCCACGACACCACGGCCGCUGGCAGCAGCUUCUUCCUCUCGAUGAUGGGCGUCCACCAGGACAUCCAGGACAAAGUGGUACAAGAACUGUACGAUAUCUUUGGCGACUCUGACCGGCCUGCAACUUUCGCCGACACUCUCGAAAUGAAGUACUUGGAACGGUGUCUUAUGGAAACUUUGAGGAUGUUCCCUCCGGUACCCAUUAUCGCGCGGCAAUUAAACCAAGACUUGAAAUUAGCAUCUGGUGAUUACACUGUUCCUGCCGGUUGUACUGUCGUUAUUGGUACUUUCAAAGUUCAUCGCCUUGAGGAGUAUUACCCUAACCCGGAUAAAUUCGAUCCUGAUAACUUCCUUCCGGAGAGGACUGCCAACAGGCACUACUACUCCUUUAUUCCGUUUAGUGCCGGACCUCGCAGCUGUGUCGGGCGGAAAUAUGCCAUGUUGAAACUGAAAAUACUGCUCUCUACGAUUUUGAGAAACUACCGAAUUUAUUCGGAUUUGAAAGAAAAAGAUUUCCAACUCCAAGGUGAUAUUAUUCUUAAGAGGGCCGAAGGAUUUAAAGUCAGAUUGGAACCCAGGAAGAUGGCCAAAGCCUAAAUCGAAAUUAUUUAUGCGUAGUUGUAGAUUUGUAUAUUUGUAGAAAAUUGGGCUUAAAUUAUAUUUAUGACAAAUAGAGCUAGUUGACGAACAUUCAA